AAAUGGAGUCUAAUAUGUUAUCUACUUGCAACACAUGUGUAACACCCCUAGCCCUAACACACACGCAUGGAUUCACCCAUGCACAUACACAUAGAGACAGAAACAUGCAACCAAGCUAGAGACACCAUGUCAAAGAUAGAUUCAUAGCACUAUAAUGAAGAACCUACAGACUCUGAGUGUGUUGCCAAUUUUGGCCCUGUCAAGUUUGUUCAUCAAGAUAGGUGGAUCAAUCUCCCUUCACCCAGUCCUGACUGGUCCUGACAUGGCCUACCUUGGCUCGAGGGUGGCUUUCCGGUGUAUUGCAACUGACUCCACUCCGCCAGUCACCUACAAGCUGAUCAGGGAUGGUGAUGUCCUGAUAGACACAGGUACCGAUCUCCAAGGGGACCAACCUGCGUCAUUCUUCCUGAAGGUCUCUGCAACAUCUGAGGGGUCAUACCACUGCAAUGCGACGACUGGAGGAAGCACAGGAGUCAGCAGUAUCAUCAAGCUGAGUGUAGUCAUUCCAGCAUCCAAUACCAGAGUGAUCUCUGAACCCUUCCCCCCAGUCACAUACGAGGGGUCACGCAUCGUCCUCAGCUGCAACGUCACAAAGGGCUCCCACCUCUCCUACACCUGGUUUUUCAACAGGAAGGAAAUAACACCUUCAACCUCUCCCUUUUUUCACCUCAGUGGGAACAAGCUAGUGAUGGAGAAGGUGACUCUAGAGCAUGCUGGGCACUAUUCUUGCAUGGCUUGGUCCACCGUGAAGGACACUAGGAGGUUUUCAAGCAGCACAAAGGUCCAGGUGACAGUCAAAGCCUAUGUAUCAAAACCAAAGAUCUCUUUCUCCAUCUCCAAAGAGGGAGCCAGUUACCAUGGCAACAUUACCUGUUGGUCAACAAGGGGGAGUCAUCCAGUCAACUUCUCUCUUUCAGUAGAUGGCAAAGAAGAGGGAUCGGUCACAGCAAGUGAAUCCCUCGCUGCCUGGUUCCCUGUUGUCUUGGUACCUGGGCUGGAUAUGGGCGUGGCGCAAUGUCGGGUGAAAACUGAGAUGCAGGAGUUGAUGAGUGAGCCUCUGAGUCUGGAAGUGGUACCAGUUGGAGGUGACGUGAAAGUGGAGGUGGAAUAUCUCUACAGGGCUGACUCCAAACUUGCCGCCACCAGGCUGAGCUGUCAAGUCAGCAGAGGAACUUUCCCUUACAUCUCCUGGCUUCUGAAUGACUCUGUCCUUCCCUCUGAGACACGUGUGGACACCCGCAUUCAGUACAUCCUGCCUCACUUUGCCCUCGCCGACCGUAGACGAACCCUUGUCCUCACUAAGCUUGGCCCAGAGGAGUCUGGGUAUUACCGCUGCAGGGUCAGGGACAGCUACGAUGACUCCGGGCCCUGGGUGGAGAGUGUAGCUGUGCUGGUCCGAGUCACAGACAGGAUCCUUAACUCCAUGCCUCGAGCAACAUCUUCCACUGAAACACCACCAAAGGAUUUCAUGCCCAGUAUCGAGAUUUUCACCAUAGCGUUCUGCUGUUUUCUUUUCCUGAUGAUGGCAGUGGGCGUAGCCUGUGUUUGCAGGAUGUUUGACCACAACCAAGCUCGUGCCCACAUUUCCACGACAAAUUCUGAUGCACCUCCUCUGUCUGCACCCGUGUCCCAGUCAGGAAGCAAGCAGGCAGAUAGUUCCUCUACAGACUCUGAUGUCCAGAGUCAGUUUCAGACCACAGAGAUCCCAUGACAGCGGAGGAACAUCCCGCAGCUCUCAUCAAAUUCAUCAGCCCCUCAGACAAAUUUCCAUUAUUUCAUUUUAAAUUUGGAGCUUUUUUGUUGCUGUUUGUUGCUGUUCCACUGCAUUUAUUACUUUUCCGGACAUGCCAAGUUACUUCUAAAAAACUGGUGGAACAUUGAGUUAAAAAGAGUGAGAGAUUAUAUUUUUCAGCAAAACUGUAUAUUGUCAUGUUUUUUCAAAAUAAAAAUUCUCAUUUUAAAUGUUU